CUCUCACUUCUGAAAGCUAAGGCAUCCUUUAGGUGAGUGAGUGAGUGAAUGGAGAAUUUGGGUACUUCUCCUCCGCCUCCCAAAGAAAGGGUUUUAUUGAAUUGAAUGGCAGAUAUCUGUAGAAACAUUGAAUCACCUGUCAUCAAACUCCUGGAUGAUUGCCUACUUGAUAUUUUUCAACGGUUAGAUAGUCGAAUUGAUCGUGAUUCUUUCGGUUUAACUUGUCGUAGAUGGCUUCUUAUACAAAAUACAAGUCGUCGAUCAGUGCAGUUGUAUUCUUCUUUGUUUGCUCAAAAUAAAAGCUCGACAUUAUCACAAGGUAGCUUUAAUGUUAAUAUCAGCGCAUUUCAUGUCUAUAAGUUGCUCACUCGUUUCCAACAGCUUACUUCAUUAUCUCUGUCGGGUUGUACGGAAUUGCCUGAUUCGGGUUUAUCGCAGCUGCAGUUCUUUGGAUCAAACUUGCAAUCCCUAAAUUUGGAUUGUUGUUUUGAGAUUUCAGAUACUGGAUUCUCUUUAGUAGCUUCAGGGUGUUCCAAUUUAAAGUCAGUUAGCUUUUAUCGCUGUAAUAUCACUGAUAUUGGUUUAACAGCCAUAGCUAAAUCUUGUUUAUCCUUGCAAGCAGUAAAUCUCUCAUAUUGUAUGAAUAUAUCUGAUUGUGGAAUUAGAUCUCUUUCACAAGAAUGUCGUCAACUGCGUUGCAUCAUAAUGUCACACUGCAGAUUGGUAACUGGUUGUGGUUUUAAUGGGUGUUCUGAAACCUUAAUUCAUGUUGAAGCGGAUUCCUGUAAACUUGAACCAGAUGGGAUAUCAGGACUUGUUAGUGGAGGUGGACUUGAAUAUCUUAACCUAUCAGAUUUAUCUUGGUGUAUUCAUGGGGAUGGAUUGGCCAGAAUUGGACAAGGAUCAGCUGUGAAUCUUCGAGUUCUUAAUCUGCGAAUGUGUCGAAAUGCAACUAAUGAAGCAAUUAUGAUGAUUUCUAAAGGAUGCCCUGUAUUACAGGAGUGGAGCCUUGCAUUUUGUCAUGACAUCUCAAUUACUGGAUGGGUUGCUAUAGGUUGGAAUUGCAAUAAUCUAGAGAUACUUCAUGUGAACCGAUGCCGUAAUUUUUGUGACCGUGGAUUACAGUCUCUCCGUGAUGGGUGCAAACGUCUUUCAAAAUUACACAUGAAUCAUUGUGCUCGGGUUACGAAUUUGGCAAUCGAGUCAUUCAAGUGCAGGCGUGGUAAUGUGGACAUAAGUAGAGAGGAAGUCUCUAUUUUCCCCAGAUUAAACUUAUCCGACGGAGAUGGAUGACUCUGUAUAUUUUGGUUCAGUUUGCCAGGCGUGAAUUGAUCGGAGAAAUACAUGAUCUGAAUCAGUUGACGUUGUUAACUGCGGGACUUUCCUUACUCUUUGGUGGUAUCAACCAUAUUUUGAUGAUGGGAUUAUCUUCCGAAGACCAUUACAAGCAAGGGCUGCUACAGAUCGCAACGUCAGAAAUAGUAGAAGAAGAAAGAAAAAGGUGUGCUUGUCAUCCUUUUAAAACACUUACAACCUCCUUAAUUACAUGCUUACCAGAUGAUUGUCUGAAUCUUAUAUUCUGGUGGAGUCUGGUGGCCUUUAUGUGAUAAUGGAAAAGGAUAUGAACUGAGCAAGAUUGGAGAAGGAUUCGCCGUUAAUCUUCGAGUUCUUAAUCUUCAAAAUUGUGGUUCAGUGGUAAAUAACAGAACAGUUACGGUGAUUUCCAAAGGAUGCCCUUUGUUACGGGAAUGGAACCUAAGAUCCUGUUAUAUGGUAGAUCUUGAAGGAUGGCAAGCUAUUGGGUUAAAUUGCCAUAACCUGGAGGAACUUGAUGUGCUUGGGUGCGUGGAACUAAAAGGUCCAGGGUUGCAAGGUCUGUGUGAUGGGUGUAGCAAGCUCUCGAGAUUACAUAUUUGUGACCGGAACAACAUCAGUUUUCCUGCUGUAAAGAUGUUUGAUUCCAAAAGACCGAAUGUGAUAAGAAGAUGUUACUCAUUCUGAACUGGAGAUUGGAAUUUGAACAAAUACUUUUUAUUACCAGUCUUGCAGUGGGUACAAAACCUAAAAAGAAAAUGUAACGUCUUCUGCACCCGAAAAAUUGGUUUCCCAUUUAUUGUUCUACAAUCUCAGUUCUCCAUUUUAAUAUCCUCUGCUGCAAUGUUGAGAGUCGAGACCUUGUGUAACUAUCAACUUGCCUUGAGUUUGAGCUUCUUUUCUUUUUUGCUCAAGGAACGGCUGAAAUAUGUAAACAUUGUCAAAGUUACCAUUUCGUUCUAUUGAUUGUCUUGGCUAUCAUCUUCA